AUGAUAGACUCUUUUCCUGAUGCAAAUAUAAGAAAUUAUGAUAAUGAUGCCGACAAUGUCCCAGAAAAGCCAGAGAAAAUCAAAAGGGAAACUCUGUCCAUCUUGACCAAGCUUGAACUGUCCAAAAAAGAUGCUGACAAAAAGACUGACAUAAUGGAGGAGCUUGGGUUGGGUGAUGUUGAUGAUCUUGAAGAUGCCUCUGAUUGGGACACGGCCAGCACCGCCAGCAGGAGAACCCUCCCCGGCCACGGAUUGCCUUCCCUCGGUGGCGAGGAGCUGAGGGAGGAGGCCUCUUCCCGAUCCCCCGUCCCUCUCCCGGCUGUCCAGGAGCAGGAGCCAGAUGCCGAUAUAGCAGUAAUAGCGGAGAGGAGCGGUCCUGAGGAGAAGACAUACUUUCAUUCGGAGAGACCCCUCCCAUUGGCCAGCCCGCGCUCCCUUACCCCUCAAACCCAACCCCAGCCAUGUGCUCGGAAGAUGCAGCCCCAGAGAACAGAGUGUGAGGAAGACUUUGGUUGGGAUUCUGACCAAGUGAAUACCUCUACCCCCAGCCCAGUCAGGACUGGGAAGCAACUACCAAACUUAACAGAGACCGUCACAGUGUUGAAACCUAAUAACCCUGUGCGUGAGCCCUCUCCAGUGAAGCAAGAGAGUGAAAGCAGUCCAGAGCCCGAGGAGCAGGCACAAGAGGUGGGCGAAGACAAGACAAAGGCCAACAUGGAGGUGCUGCAAAAAUCAAGUGCCUCACGGGUUGCUGGAGGAUCAAUGAGCAGACGGUGUGAACGUGAACUAGACCAAGAAGACGAGGAGAAACCCGAGACCAGUUUAGGACACCCUAAAGUGUCACGCAGUGGAAAUGGAGCAACAGAAAGUGAACAUCAGCUCAGAGCAACAGACCGUAUUACCCAAAGACACUGGUCCAAAAGUCCAAAGAGGGCCCUGGAGGACCAACUACAUCAUCAGCAGCAGAAGGAGGAGGAGGGGAGAGCUGUAUCUAACGAGGCCACCUUACAGUUACCCUUUCUGGGGGGAGCCAGGCAUGGCCGAGCCCCCCAGGCAGCUAACCAUGUUAACGCAGGAGACCCCAUCUCAGUGUUUGACGAUAGUACUUUAAGUGAAGUGUCGGACGAUGAUGGAAGGUCUCUAUCUGCAUGGCAUCAGAAAGACAAGACCGCUGGCGAGAUGGAGAUGGCGGAGGACUUUGAUGAGCUCACACAGUCAUCGGACACGGCCACAUCUGACCUCGAAGACCCCACUUCUGGCUACCGUCACGCCUCUUUUCUCAUCAAACAGCUCGACUCUGCCAAUUUAGACUCUGUGAGCUUUGUGAAGCUCCAGAACAUGUUCCACGAGUAUGAGCGCACCAUCCAGAAGGAGCGGGACCGCCAUGGGCACCUGUCUGACAACGUGAGCCAGCUGGAGGUCAAGCAGCGCGAGCUGACGGCCUCACUGAAGGAAAGCCAGGACAGCAAGCAGGCCCUGGAUCACCGGCAGCUUGAGCUGGACACGGACCUCAACAACUUUAAGUUCCAGCUGAAGCAGGAGCAGGAGAAGCACCGGAACGCCUCCAUGAUGUAUGACAAGAACCGGGAGAUGCUGCGGAAGAAGGAGGAGGAGCUCCGGGCCGAGGCAGAGGAGAAGCACAAGGUGGAACUGGCCAUGAGGAACCUGGAGCUGGAGAUGAGGGCCAUUAUUAACAACAUGAAACAGUCGGAGGACGACCACAGCGAGACCCAGAGGCUGCUGACCCAGGAGCGAGUUGCCCGAGCUUUGUCGGAGACCCUCCUCAACAAUCACCUCCGCAAGCAGCAGGAGAUCGAGGAGGAGAACAGGAGGACCAUCAGUAAGAGCAACGAGGCCCUGUCCCAGUUGACGGAGGCCACCGACCGAGAGAGGGGGCUGCUGCAGCAGAGCUCUGUGCUCCAGGACGAGCUGAGCUCCCUGAGAGCUGAGCUGGAGCGCUCCUGCUCCCACAGUCGCCAGGAGGAGUCCCGCCGCUCCGAGGAGAGCGAGGCGUUGAGGGAGCGCCUCGAGGACACCCGGCGCGACCUCAAACUCAACGAGGAGGCGCUGGCCCAGACAGUCUACCAGUACACCAGCCAGGUGACCACCGUCAAGGCCGAGCUGGCUGUGGCUUCCACACGGCUGGAGCACGAGCGCCAGGCGAGGGAGCAGCUGGAAGCCGAAGGUGAGUCAGCGAGGACGCGGCUGACUGGCGCUCUUCAGGAGGUAGAGAGGUGCCAGGUGGCACGUGCUGACGCCGAAAGGGCUCUUCGUCGCGAGCGCGAGGGGCACCAGCGUGCCCAGGACAAGCUUACUGGCGAGGCGGCGAACAACCGCGAGGCGGUGGGCGGGCUGUCGCAGAAACUCGCUAAGGCAGAGUCACGUGCAAACGGCCUCGAAAAUGAGGUGCACCGCGUCACAAUGUCGCUUGCCGAGAUGGAGCAUGUGGUCGCCACGCUGCAGAGGGACAAGGAGCAAAUAGGGGGGCGAGUGAAGGAGCUUGAGGCAGCUCUACAGACGGAGAGGGAGCAGGCUGGGAGAGUGUGCGCCCGGCAGGAGACGCUGCAGGAGAGGCUGGCGGCGGCACAGAGCGAGGCCAUGCUGCUGAGGCAACAGCUGGAGGAGGCCCAGAACAAAGGGAUGGUGAAGGAGAAGGCGGUGACGGACGCCCAGGAGCGCUUUGGCGACCUGCUGGCUAAGCUGCGCUCGGACGGGGAGGAGCGUGUGCAGCUGGUAGAGGAGAGGAGCAAGGAGCUGGCCACCAAGGCUGCCGACCUCCGCGACCAGGUCUACAAGCUGGAGGAGGAGAAGAACGACAGAGAGACUGGUUUGAGGCAGCUGCAGCAAGAACUCGCCGACUCACUGAAGAAGCUGUCAAUGAGCGAGGCUUCCCUGGAGGUGAACACACGCUACCGCAAUGACCUGGAGGAGGAGAAGGCACGACUGCUCAAGGACAUGGACCGCCUUAAGGGGAAGCUGGAGGAGAGCGAGGACCAGUACGUUCAGGCAGAGCGGCGCAUCAAUGCUCUGAAGAGCAGUCUGGAUGAGAAGGAGCGAGAGGUGGUCGCCGCCUCUCAGAAACUGCAGGAGGUGCUGUCUGCCUUUGCAGGCUCAGACACCACCAUUAAACAGCUGGAGGAGGCAGUGCAGAGAUUGGAGAUUGAGAAUGCCAGGCUGGAGGCAGCAGCAAAGCAGCAGACCAACAAGAUCGAGGCACUGCAGAAAGGAGUCCAAGACUCUGCCAUGGUCAGGAACCGUCUGGAGGACUUGGUGACUGGCCUGCAGUGCAGCAAGAUGACCCUGGAGGACCAGCUCAGUCAGGAGGUGCAGAAGCAAAGCAUGCUGUCCCAUAACGCCCAGGACUCCCAUGCGCUGUGGGAGGAGGAGCUGAAGAGCCGCUCCAAGCUGGGUCUGCGUCUGGCUGAGCUGGAGAAGGAGAAAGGAGAGCUCAGCAGCCAGAUGGAGUUAGAGAAGAAGAAGGCCAAGAAGAUAGCGGAGCAGAAAAAGUCUGUGGACACCAGACUGGACCAGGAGAUGAAGAGAAACACAGAGCUACAGAAAGAAAUGUACAGGUUGCGGACACUGGUGAAGACGGCUAAGAAGAAGCUGCGGGAGCAGGACGGUGCCGGGGCUGAGUUUGGAUCGCCCAUGAGCAGCAUGAGAGGGGAGAUGGGCCACAGACAGGCUGAGGCUGACAUCGGCAGGAUGAAGAACAAGGUGGAUGACCUGUCGGUGCAGCUGGAGAAGGAGGUGUCUCGCUGCUGCCAGCUGGAUAGGGUCAACGGAGAGCUCAAGGAGCAACUAGCCUCCUUGAAGGGCCUGGGCCGCAGCAACGAGCGUCUCGAGCGUAGCAAGAGGCACCUGGAGGAGGAGUUGUUGGGCCUGCGGCGGCAGGUGGAGGCGGGUGUGAUGGACCAGACCCUGGUGGAUCAGUACCGACGAGACGCAGAGGAGAGGGCCCGCCAGGAGAUCAGACAGAAACUGGAGGAGGUCAACCUCUUCCUACAGACCCAGGCGGCGUCCCAGGAGGCGUUGGAGCAGAUCAAGGCGGCAAACGAGGCCAGCUUGCGCUCCACGCUGGAGCAGCGUAUCCGGGAGCUGGAGGGCGAGCUGGGCAGAGCGCACUCCACACAGCACGACAGCAUGAGCCUGCGAGACUCCACCCGGACAGAGAUGGAUCGCUACCGGGAGCUCUACACUGAGGAGCUGCGUCUCCGCAAGGCCCUGGCUGCCAAACUAGAGAGGUCCAAUGAGCGGCUGGCGGAGGCCAACACCAAGCUGAUGAGCGAGCGCCACCGCAGCAAGUCCCUGAUAGCCAGCAGCAUUGUCAACGGCAGCCUGGGCGGGCCUCUGGACAUGAGCUCCCUGGGGUCGGUGGGGGCCUACGGGGCAACGCUGGGUCCCCUCAACAGGAGCCUGGGAGGGCCUCUCCUCAGCCCCCUGGGGGAUGGGGGUCAGAGCAGCAGGGUGGAGGCUUACCUGGCAAAGAUGCAGAAUGAAUUGGAGAGAAACAUAUCAAAGGAGUUGGACCAUGCGACAGCAGAGCUUGAGGGCUCUGCCCGGAUGUCUCCGGUGGGCUCUGCCUCGGGCUCCCCUACUAGCCUGGGUUGGGGUCUCAGUGUGGUGGAGGACCCGGUCAGCAGGGCCACACAGCAGUACCUGGAGGUGCUCAAGAAAAACUAUAUGAUUUGACCAGGCAGCAUUGGGCUUCCCAAAGGGAGCCACAACUGUCCACUUUACCAUGACCUGGGUGGUGUUUAUUAGGGCACUCGGUGGGAAACGUUUUGCAAUGGAAGGCAAAAUUAUGUUUUUAAGUCCAGUUAUUCCUUCCGUUUCCGUCUGUUUUCUCCCGUUUGGUGCUCUAAUGAACAUUACCCUGGGCCUCAUCAAUGCAUGCUUAUAUAAAAAGAACAUGCACAUUGAGAAAAACACUAAAGGCCAAAGCCACUCCACUAUAACACAUUCCCCCCAAAAAAUGUUUACUCUUUAUUCUACGUCUUUUAAGAAAGGAAACAGACGUGAUGCACAUUGCACUUACAGUGCAUUCGAAAAGUAUUCAGACCCCUUGACUUUUUCCACAUUUUGUUACGUCACAGGCUUAUUCUAAAAUGGAUUACCUCGA